AUGGCAGCAGCUUAUGCGACGUACGCGACGCAGAUCUCUGAUGCAUUGCAGACGCUAGUAAAGACAACGGGAGUGAAAAUCGAUCCAGCGGUGGAGUUCGUAUCCUGUGACUCAGGUUUGCAUGAACAUUUCGUGCCGAAAACGUCACUGGAGAAGCAUCUGAGGAAAUGUCAUGGAGAACGGGGACCUCGACCUAUUCAUAAUGCAGCGUUCUUUUAUGGUAGACGCAUAGAAGAAGAUGCUGUGAUUGCUCACGAUACGUUUACGAGAACUAUUACUGGAACUGCUGAUAGUCGAGUACGAUCAGAGACGGAAGGUAUCCGUGAUGGGAGCUUUGGGCUGCAAAGUCUGUUAGAACCUGAAGCAGGUCAGUAUGACGAGCAGAAAGGGACACUUAGUGCAGCCGACGGAGACGGAGUGAUCGCUGCAGUUGGAAGGGCUGCAGUUUCUGCGGGGACAUUCUACGAGCAAGUACAAGCGUGGCAGCGGAUCCCGCGUGCAUUUGCUACGAUGAAAGACAGUGAGCGCGAACUGGUAACAUCUUCAUCGUUGCGUCGGUGGCUGAAUGCUGAGCUGAGUCGUCCUGGCGUGCUUCCUACUGGUGUGGCAUUCGAUGACGAGCUGGUCGACUAUAUGGCUGGAUUGUUGGAACACCCCGACUUCUGCCAGCCUGACCUGCUGGUUUUGGAACUGCACGAGUUCCUGGGCAGCAAUGUCUCGAAUAUCGUGCUGGCGCUUUGGAAGUUUUUGGUCGUCGAAAUUGGGCUGCAAAGUGUGUUCAAAACAGAAAAGAGUGCGAAAGAUAUGACAAUACAAGUCAAGUCGUCAGUUGGGAGUCAUGACUUGACGACCAUGGACGUUGUUCUUGAAACUUCUCAAACACGACCCAGUGAUGCAAAUGCCGAGCACAAUUACAAGCGUCGACGUGCUUCAUACAAAGGAAAGGUAGGUACGAAGACCGGCCUAGAGGCAUACCGGGAUAUGAUUCAGAAGCACAUGGUCGGACUCAGUCUCGAAAUGGAUCGGGAACUAGUGCUUGGCGGUGGAUUUCAGGAUGAGGAGAAAAGCGGCACGGGUCUAUCUACGGUCCAGCAAUCUCGCCCCAAAGCCGUGAAUUGGCUCAACUUCACCGACGCACUUGAAGUGCGUAACCGAAAUCGACCGCGACGGCAAGAUCGGUCAUCAAGCAGAAAGCGCCAACCAAGAUCAAGGUCAAGAGAACGAUCCAAUGUUUGUGGUAAAUAUGGUGCAGAGGAUAAUGCUUGUCGUAAAGGGCGUACAGAUCCCGACAGAAGUGGAGAAAGCAAUCGCAAAGAUCGGAACGAUCGUCGUCGUAGAGACUAUCAUCAUUAA